CUCGUGACACCCCAUUCCGCCCUUUUAUAUUAUCCUUUUUCGGCUCUCUCUCUCUCUCUCUCUUCACUCUGUUUUCGUUCUCUGUUUCCAAGCACUUUCUUCGAUCUUCCUUCGCCGGUCACGCCGUCGCCGGAGCUCCCCGAAUGGCGAAGCACGAGGACCAUCCCGUCCCUGUCUACUCCGACCUCGAGGCCGUGUACGGCGACGGGUCCCAGCUGGAAGAGGCCCAGCUGCGCUUCGACACGCUCAAGGCCAAGUUCGUCGAGGCCUUCGGCCAUCAACCCGACGUGUACGCUCGGUCGCCAGGGAGAGUGAAUUUGAUCGGGGAGCACAUUGACUACGAGGGCUACUCGGUGUUGCCGAUGGCGAUACGGCAGGACACGAUCAUCGGGAUACGCAAGUACGAUUCUGGGGAGGCGAAGCCGCUGCUUCGUAUCGGGAAUGUCAACGACAAGUACAUGAUGUGCAGUUAUCCUGCUGAUCCAGAGCAGGAACUUGAUUUGAAUAAUCACAAAUGGGGCCAUUACUUCAUCUGUGGGUACAAAGGUUUUUAUGAAUAUGCAGCGUCAAAAGGACUAGAUGUUGGUGUGCCAGUUUCACUUGAUGUUAUCAUUGACGGAACAGUUCCAACAGGCUCUGGACUUUCAAGCUCUGCAGCGUUUGUUUGUUCUUCUACAAUUGCUAUAAUGGCAGUUCUUGGGGCAAACUUUCCCAAGAAAGAACUUGCUCAAUUGACAUGCGAGUGUGAACGGCAUAUCGGAACUCAGUCUGGUGGAAUGGAUCAGGCCAUAUCCGUGAUGGCUAAACCUGGAUUUGCUGAGCUCAUUGAUUUCAACCCUAUUCGAGCAACUGAUGUGCAACUUCCUGCUGGUGGAACAUUUAUAAUAGCUCAUUCUCUGGCAGAAUCUCAGAAGGCUGUGACUGCCGCAACAAACUACAAUAAUAGGGUGGUGGAGUGCCGGUUAGCUGCGAUUGUUCUCGGGAUAAAACUCGGAAUGAAACCACAAGAGGCUAUAUCAAAAGUUAAAACUCUUUCUGAUGUAGAAGGGUUGUGCUUAUCAUUCGCCAGUGAACAUGGUUCUUCUGAUCCUGUUGUUGCAGUUAAGGAACUUCUUAAGGAGGAACCUUAUACAGCAGAUGAGAUUGAGCAAAUUACUGAGGAAGAUCUGCCAUCAGUUUUAGGCCACUCUCCAACUUCUUUGGAUGUGUUAAAAGUGGCCAAGCACUUCAAAUUGUAUCAGAGGGCGUCUCAUGUAUAUUCUGAAGCCAAGAGAGUGUAUGCUUUCAAGGACACCGUAUCAUCUAAUUUAAGCGAGCAGGAUAUGUUAGAGAAGCUUGGUGACCUCAUGAAUGAGAGCCAUUACAGCUGCAGCGUUUUGUAUGAGUGCAGCUGCCCCGAGUUGGAGGAGCUUGUGAAGGCUUGUCGCGACAAUGACGCUCUAGGCGCGAGGCUUACCGGAGCCGGAUGGGGUGGUUGUGCAGUCGCUCUCGUCAAAGAGAGCAUCGUCCCGCAGUUCAUCCUCAAUCUGAAGGAGUGCUAUUACCAAUCGAGAAUCGACCGGGGCGUGAUCGACAAGAACGAGCUUGGGCUCUAUAUAUUUGCCUCCAAGCCGUCAAGUGGGUCCGCCAUUUUCAAGUUCUAGCAUUCCUCUUGCUGAUAUUUAACUUAAGAAUUUCCAAGUGUUGGACUUUGGAAGUUGUCUCUGCGGGACUUGUUAGGAGGCCUGCCUUCUUAUCGACAAAGUCUUGGAACAACUCUUGCUUGAAUAAGAUGUUGAUAUCUCUCUAAAGAUCAAGUUAAUAAAUAUGAUUUAGCUUGACAUUUU